AUGGCAUCCUACCUUUGUGAAGUAGGCGACAAGGAUGAAGUUUGCAUCGUCUACCACGAUGGAAAUAUUGUGCAGGCAACCAAAAAUAAUGUACUAACCUUGACACCCGAAUGGUCGCCCGAUGGGAAUUUCAUCGCAUUCAGUGCCAAUGUACGCGGUGGCGAGAACUUUGACCUAUUUCUAAUCGAUAUGACCGAUCCACAGAAACCAAAGGUGUCAAAUUUCACAGGAGACGCACUUGGCGUCAAAUUGAAUGAACCCAAAUGGGCACCAGCAGGCGACCCACGCAUCCUUGUUUAUGCAACUACUCUGCCAAAUGCUGACAACUGGGAUGUGGGUCUGCUAACGUUAGAUGCAAAUGGCGCAGCGGAUGCCUUGAUCAAUAUCACAAAUGCAGACGCGGAAGGGGUAGGCCAAGAUCAGAACGGUUCAUGGUCCCCAGAUGGAACCAAGAUUGUCUUUCAGGGCGAACGCAACGACAAACUGAACGGCAAGAAACAGUUUGACAUAUUUAUAGCGGACGCAGAAAAGAAGGGGGCUGGAAAAAAUCAGGUUAAUCUCACCAAUAAUGAACAUCCUGACCAGAAAGCACAGUGGUCCCCGGACGGGACAGCUGUUAUAUUUGAGUCGAAGCGAGAUGGCAAUUGGGAACUUUACCGGGUUGAUAUCACCGGUGAAAACCUCCAGCGAUUGACAAACAAUGACAAGACCGACAGAAGGGCAAAUUGGUCAGUCGGAGGCAUCCUCUUUGAAAGCCAGCGCGAUGGCAAUUAUGAGAUUUAUCGCAUGGAUCCGGAUGGAAACAACCAAGUCAAUCUCAGCAAUGACCCCGGUAGUGAUAAUAACCCUAUCUGGUCACCUAAAGGGAGAAGAAUCCUAUUUGAAUCCAGACGCGAUGGCAAUCGAGAGAUCUAUACCAUGAACGCCGAUGGCGGCGGUCUAGUGAACAUCAGCAACAAUCCUGAUGGCGAUGACACCUAUGCACGAUGGAAUCCGGUCUUUGAACUCCGUUCUGUCGAACCACAGGAGAAAUAUUUUACAACCCUUGGAGACAUCAAACGCACCAGUUGA